AUGAUGCGGGCAACAACAGCUGCUGCUUCUUCUUCUUCUUUGAAAUUUGGUUAUGGCAGCAGCAGACUCGGACUCAGAUUCGGAGAUGUCUCAACCUACACCACCAUAAUCAAUGGCUUUCUUCAUCAAAAUAGAGAGGUCAAGGCAGUAGCACUUUUCAAUAAAAUGUUGGAGAGUGGUAAUUGCAAGCCAAAUGUUGUUACUUUCGGCACCUUAGUAAAGGCCCCUUGCAUGAAAGGUAACAACAUUGCAGCUAUCCAAUUGCUUAAGAAGAUGGAAGAAGGAGCUUGCAAGCCCAACGUAGUUAUCUAUAACAUGAUUAUCGACAGUCUUUGCAAAGAUACUCUAGUUGUUGAUGCACUGCACAUCUUCUCAGAAAUGAUUAGUAAGGGUAUUUCCCCAACUGUCGUUACCUAUAACACAUUGAUUCACGGUGUCUGCAAAAUAGGGAAGUGGAAAGAAGCUACGAGAUUGUUGAGUGAAGUGGUGCGUAAACAUAUACUUCCAAAUGUGCCCACAUUUAGUGUCUUGGCUGAUACGUUAUUCAAAGAGGGGAUGGUCCAAGAAGCAAGGAACAUGUUUGAAAUGAUGAUUCAAAGCAAUAUUGGACCUGAUACAGUUACUUGCAAUUUGCUUGUGGAUGGAUUGUGCAAAGCUGAAAAAGUUGAAUAUGCAUCAACGGCAAUGAGGCUUAUUCAAGAAAUGGUGGAGAGGGGUUUUUCUGCAGAUGCAUCAACUACGGAGUUGAUCUAA